GGCAGUCACUGGUCAUGGGGGUUUGGGGGUGUAUAUGCUGGGAUCUUUCUUGCUGUUGAUGUCGGGGCCAUUCCAAGUAACCUCAGGAUAAAGGGGGUGAGCUAGUCUCUCACACCUGGACUCCCACCCUGUGCUCUUGGCUCAAACCCCACGUGUGGAAUUGCCCGAUGGAGUUACUUAUUCGAUCUGACUUGUGCCCCAAGUAGAGAUCACACUCCGGGCUGGCGGUGUAGUUUGUCGGUGGUAACCUACAAAUGGUUCAAGUUCCAGCGAUCUGUGAUCCGUUCACAACUUCUGGCUUGGCAUAGAAUCCUUACAGCACAUGAGACCAAGGAGUAGGAGCGAAUGAACUGCAGACGCUGGAGUCUCUCCUGAAAACAACAAAGCGCUGGAAAUCACAGCGGCUCAGAGACCCAGAGAGCUGUCAAUUAAUCAGUUUUAUUCAGCAACUCCCCCCACCCUUCAACCCUCCCGCCUCCCCCCACGUUUUCUUGGAAUUUCCAAGCCAGUUCCUCGGUUUUGUUGGGUCACUUGGCGGAGAAUAAUCUGAGAGAGUUCUAGCGGGUCUCUGUGUCUGGCAGGGCUUGAGAGCCUUUUAGGUUUCAUUUUUACUGACACCUACUUCCGCAACCUCGCCUCCGCUUCAAGUUUUCGUAACAGCAGCACAUGGUAAAGAACAAGAUCUUUCCCACAUGGCGGACUGAUAAAGAAGGUAAAAGUACACGGGAUUCAAGAAUGCUUUACAAGUAUUUAACUGUGAAAUUUAAGCUGAAGAAGAUAGUUUUACUGCUUUUGACCUUUGCACUGCCCUGCGUAUUAAAACUCCUCUACAAUCAUGGAAUGGUCACAGGUUCAGGAAAAACAUGGUUGGUCGAACCUUUCUGGAGCACCUCUCAGUAUGUGCGCAAUAGAAAGAACAGCAAGUACUUGCAAUUAAACCUUCAAAUUAACUGCACUGCCAUCUACGAGUGUAGCCCAGUGGAAGUAGGUAAAACGUUAGAAAUACGCAAGGGUAAUAUUGUUGAUCUGGAAGAUGAAGAUGUUGAGUUGAUGACAUCUGACUGUGAUCAAUACCUUUCGCAAAGAGGAUUUCGAAACAAUCUCAUCUCAGAAGUGGAAAAGGAGUACCCUUUGGCAUUUUCUAUGGUAGUUCAUAAAGAUGCUAUUAUGGUGGAAAGAAGCUUGAAAAUGAUUUACAUGCCUCAGAAUAUAUACUGCAUUCAUUAUGACCAGAAAUCCUCACCUUCAUUCAAAUCCGCCAUAGACAACUUAGCCAAAUGCUUUCCAAAUGUGUUCAUUGCAUCAAAAUUGGAAUUGGUACAUUAUGCUCACAUUUCCAGACUACAAGCGGAUCUCAAUUGCUUGUCUGAUCUUCUUGAAUCAUCUGUCCAAUGGAAGUAUGUGAUCAACUUGUGUGGCCAAGAUUUACCAUUGCGGUCCAACUUUGAAUUGGUAUUUGAGCUGAAGAAACUGAAUGGAACUAACAUGUUGGAAUCUACGAAGCCCACUGAUACUAAAAAAGAUCGAUUCAUAUAUCACCAUGAGCUUUUAGAUAAUUCAAACAAUGAUGGACAGAUAUUCAUCAAAACUGAUGUUGUGAAGGACCCCGCGCCUCACAAUAUUGAAGUAUUUACUGGCAGUGCCUAUUUUGUUUUGAGUUACAACUUUACCAAAUACAUCACCUCCAGCAUGGUGGCCAAAGAUUUUCUCGCCUGGUCCGCAGAUACCUAUUCACCAGAUGAACACUUCUGGGCAAGCAUGGUCCGGGUACCUGGGGUGCCAGGUGAGCUCUCUCGCUCUGAGGCUGAUGUGACUGAUCUGCAGAGUAAGGUUAGGCUGGUGAAGUGGAGCUACCUGGAGAAGGCGCUAUACCCACCCUGCACAGGAACUCAUCGCCGCAGCGUCUGCAUCUACGGCUCUGCUGAGCUCAGGUGGCUACUUGACUAUGGCCAUUGGUUUGCGAAUAAAUUUGACUCCAAAGUAGACCCUGUAUUAAUUAAAUGUUUGGAACUGAAGAUUAGGGAACGCCAGAACUUUUGGACAGAUUUGAAUCCUCAAAAGGUCUAUGUUUAUAAUCAUAGUGAAAACUUUUGGGGCUGAAGUAAAGUAGCAUUUUGUGUCAGAGAUGUCAGCCAGCUUAAGCUUGAAAGGCAAAUACAAGAUCAAAUGAUGUUUUUUCUAAUUUUGUGGAAAGCUGGGUCAAUGGGUUUACAAGGAGUAAUAUGAAAAUCACAUGGGCUAUUGGUAUUAUCUUUGGGCUAUCAAUCCUGAAUUAAGGGUUUAAAAAUGACCUUGAAAACAUUGUAGAUUGUCUUGAAAAACCUAUCUGGUUCACUAAUGCCCUUUAGGGAAGGAAACUCCCAUCCUUACCUGGUCUGGCCUACAUGUGAUUCCAGAUCCACAGCAAUGUGGGUUGCCUCUUAACAGCCCCCUGGGCAAUUAGAGGUGGGUAAUGAUUGCUUGUCUAGUCAGUGCCACUCAUAUCCUGUGAGUUAAUAAACAAAAACAUGCUUGCUGGGUAUCAGUUGAUACAAUUAUUGGUAUUGGACAGGAGGUGCCAAUUAUUGAAGUGUUUGACAUUCCCUUUAUUCAGCAUGUGAACCUGAUGCUAUCAUAGCUCAUGGUUCGAGUGCAGGAUGGAGAGUACACAACACAGUCAAUGAAAAGAUUAGGGGUGAUAACUACAUUGGAAUUUUCUUGUUUUGUGUUUUCCAUGUUCAGUAUAUAAUCCUCCGUUGUCCUUGAUCCUGGAAUAAUGUUAUGCAAUAAUGAGUAUCUCUUAAAGCUGCAAAUGAUUUAAAAUAAUGCAAGUUAAAGAUUGGAGGGUGGAAUUUUGAGUUAUUAAUAAGGUGCACAUAGAAAGUGGGAUCUGAAUAUGCCAUUUCCAGUAUACCUGACUAUGCUCUAACUAAACAGAAGUUGUUUCCUGAGGAACUUGAUAUAAUAAUGUAAUUCAGUUUCACAUUCAAAUAUUUCCUACUGAAUGUUUUUAAAUAAUUUGUGGCUUUGGUAAUGUGAUCUGCUUUGGCAAUAUCAGGUUUGCAGGCUUCAGUAAGCUGACGUUGAGCAACUUCCAUCAAUGUCAAACUACUGCAGUGUGCCCCUGACUUAGCCUUUGUGACAAUAUCUCUCAGCAGCAAGCAGACCUCAAGUAAGUGUGCCAAUCUGCUUUAUAAGCAGAUUCAAAAUUUCCAGAACCAUCAAUGUGUAACUUUUACUUGCAUUGAUUUUUUAAAAAUUCAGCAUUGGCAUGGGUCAAGAGGGAAUAAUUUUAACUGAAGGUUCAGUAUAUUGUAAAUAUUGUAGUGCAACCAAAAAAUGGAUUUAUCUGAUUUGAUUUUAUCACCAUGCUUAUUUGAAAACUGCAGUGGAUUCUCUGUGAAUGUACGUCUGGUUGAACAUUGGCUUGCUUUUUAUUCAAUUUUUCAUCUCUGAACCCUGAGAUGGAAUAUUGAACCAAACACUAGUGGACUAGGGCCGACUACGCAUAAUAUCCUCUGGUUUGUUACUCGUGGAUGAUCACCUCUGGUGUCAGAAAUGGGAAAAAUGUCACACAUUUAUCGCUGGACUGUUAAUCCAGAGGCCCAGAUAACACUACUCUGUCUCUUCUGUACAGCCUUACUUUAUAAUAGGGGGAGGCAAUGGCCUAAUGGUAUUAUCGCUGGACUGUUAAUCCAGAGACCCAGGUAAUGUUCUGGGGACCUGGGUUUGAAUCCCGCCACAGCAGAUGGUGUAAUUUGAAUUCAAUAAAUAUCUGUAAUUAAGAAUCUAAUGAUGACCAUGAACCCAUUGUCGAUUGUCAGAAAAACCCAUCUGGUUCCCUAAUGCCCUUUAGGGAAGGAAACUGUCAUCCUUACCUGGUCUGGCCUACAUGUGAUUCCAGACCCACAGCAAUGUGGUUGACUCCUAACUGCCCUCUGGGCAAUUAGGAAGCAAUAAAUGCUGGGUCAGCCAGCAACGCCCUCAUCCUGUGAAUGAAUACAGAAAAAAAAACAAACAGACCAAUUAGAGAUUGGGUCUAAGGCAUAUGGUUGAGCCGAAAACUUUACUCCUGUUCCUGAUCUUGGAAUGCUAAUGUGGAAUGUCUAAAGUUAGAAAGUGGUCUGUUUCUCCGCAUCCUGAACAAUAUUCACAAGCCACCAAGCCCCAGACAGCGAUGGUCAUUCAGAUAGUGUGGUGUGAUGGAGGGGUCAUCUAAUGAGGAGAAGUCAUGGAGGUUGGGUCUGUACUCCUUGGAGUUUAGAAUUAUAAGAGGAGUACUUCUUGAAACAUACAAGAUUCUUAGGGGCCAUGACAGAGUAGAAGCAGAAAGGUUAUUUCCCCUUGUGGGGGAGUCAUUGACCAGAGGAUAUAAUCUCUCAAUAAGGGAUCAUCCAUUUAAGACAGAAAUAAAGAGGAAUUUCUUCUCUCAGAGGGUAGUGAUUCUCUUGAAUUCUUUCCUGCAUAGGGCUGUCAAGGCUGGGACAUUUAAUUAUAUUCAAGGCUGAGACAGACAGAUUUUUAGUCAGGAAGGGAAUCAAGGGUAAUGAAUGGGAUAAGGCAGAAAAUUGGAGUUGAGGAUUAUCAGAUCAGCCAUGUUCUCAUUGGAUGGUAGAGCAGACUUGAUGGAUGGAAUGGCCUACUGCUGCUCCCACAUCUUAUGAACUUCUUACUGUCUUUUAUUGACUUUGAAGUUGUUUAUGUAGAAGACAUCAUUACACAAUUCACAAAAAGUUAAUUUAAAAGUGACAGCAAAAAGACUAAAUCAAUAGCUUAAAUGUUACUCUUCCAUCAAUUUCCUCAAUAUUUUGUUUUCAAUCUUUUCAGAGAACAUUCUGGUAAUUUCUCUCUUGCACAUUUUUUUUUUCAUUCAACUUAAUUUGUGCCAGCAGUAACUUUGCUUCUGGAACAUCAAUAAUGUUGAGUUUUGUUGAUCAAAAAGAGAAGCUGUGGGUUGCAGAAGGUUUAGUCUGCACCAGAAUUGGUUUGUACCCAACCAGCAAGGCCUACACAGCCAAAGGGUCCUGGACUGCUGUGACACUUGCCCACAGAUUCAUCAUUGGAUUUCCUCCCUCUUUAUUUUUGUCGGCCACUUCUUGGUCCUUUCUCUCUCUCUCUUUCACAUUGGAAGUUACACUGACUACUGUUUGAACUUGAAACAGAUCAUCCAUAAACUCAGCAACCUAUUUAACCCAGAGCUAAGAUUACAAUCCUUUCCAUCACCAAGUUAUUCCUACUUCAAUCCUCAUAAUAUCUGUCGCUUCUGCUCCUGUUUGGCCAGUUUACCAAGUGCUCUUCAAAAUGACCCCUGUGCUCAUUAAUCUGUAUUUGCUUCUGCUUGAGCAAUGCCUCAAUUUUAAAAUGCCCAUCCUUCUUUUGAAAUUCUUCUGUGAUCACACCCCUCCCUAUCACUAGCCUUUUCCAAAAUAUCCAUAUCUGUCCAAGUCUGGCUUUGAGUGUAUCCCCAAUUUUAAUACUCUAUCUUUGAGGCUGUGCUUUCAGAUGCUUAGGGCCGAAGUUUUGAACUUCCUAAACUUCUUAGCCACAUUAAAGAAACAUGUUUAAAAAGUGCAAUUAAAAGCUAGCUUAAUGGCAACUAUGUAACCACUAUUGAUUGUUGUAAAAACCGAUCUGGUUCACCAAUGACCUUUAGGAAAGGCAAUCUGGCAUUCUUACAUGGGCUGGUAUGCACAUUACUCCAGACCCACAGCAAUGUGGUUGAUUCUUAACUGGUCUGUUGCAAGCUAUUCAUUUCAAGGGCGAUUAGGGAUUGGAAAUAAAUGCUGGCCCUGUCAGUGAUGUCACCAUCUCAUGAACGAAUAGAGAAAAAGAAACUUCUCCCUGCUCUUUAAGAGACCCCACUUUGACCAAGCUUUUAGUUGCUUGUCUUGAUAGCUCCUCUUGUGGUUCGAUGUCAAAUUUGUUUGAUUACGCUACUUUGAAACCACUUAGCAUUUUUCACUGUGUUUAGGACGCUGUAUAAAUUCAAUUUAUUCUUGUCAUUAAUGAAACAGACAGGUUGAGUGUUUGGGAAAAAACUUGGCAGAUGGAAUGUAAUGUCGAAAAAUGUGAGGUUCUGCACUUUGGCAGGAAGAAUAUAAUUUAAAUGGGGAGAAAAGAAACUGCAGAAAUCUGCAGCACAGAGAGAUUUGGGUGUCUUAAAGAUUUAAUCACAAAAAAAAUCCAAGUUCAGAGGGUAACAGCAUAGGCAAAUGGAAUGUUGGCCUUUAUUUCAAAGGGAUUGGAGUAUAAAACUAAAGCUAUACAAACCAUUACUCAGACCUCAUUUGGAAUACUGAGAGUAGUUUUGGUCCACUUAUCUAAAGUAAAAUAUACUGGUUUGGUAGGCAGUCCAGGGUUCACUGGGUUGAUCCAAGGUAUGGAGGGAUUUCUUAUGGGGAGAAGUUGAGUAAGUUGAAUGUAUGCUCAUUGACCUUAUUGAAAAAUCUAAGAUCCUUAGGGUGUUUGACAGGGUAGAUGUGGAAAGAUUGUUUCUCCUUGUGGGAGAGUCAAGGACCAGAGGGUGUGAACUUAGAAUAAGGAGUUAGCCUUUUGAAGAUGGAGAUGAACAGGAAUUUUUUCUCUCAUAGGAUGGUGAACCUGUGGAAUUCUUUACUGUAGAGGAAUGUCAAGGCUGAUCAUUGUGUAUCCAAGGCUGAAAUGGACAUAUUUUUAUUCAGUAAAGGAAUCAAGUGUUAUGGGGAUAGUGAGGAAAGUGGAUAUAUUUUUAAUCAGCCAUGAUCUCAUUGAAUGGUGGGAUCAGAAUGGCCUCCUUAUGCACCUAUAUCUUAUGGUCUUAUGGAAACUGAAUAUCAGGAAGGGGUAUGGCAUGUGAUUGAUUCAAUACCACCCAAAACAAAUUUCUACCCCUUGGACAUUGUGCAAAUGUCCACUUCUCAUUGUUACAUAAAUUGUGUGUUAUAACAAGUUCUUUGACCUAUCCUGAUGUUAACCUGCUGAUGCAUGUAAUCCGAGCAGGUAUCUCUCCUCACUUGGCUCACUGAAAUUGUUCCCACAGCUGAGGCAGAAUGAAUUUGAGUCCUUCCUUAUUUGUGUAGCUCAUUGCCUUAUUGAGCCAUUCAUCUGUCCACUGAAAUGAGCAGUCCUUUGAGAGAUGUAUUCCUCAUGGGACACUGAUCUGAAGAACUGUAAACCAGAUGGAAUUACAAGUCCUAAAAUAUCAAUGUCAAAUAAGAAAACAUGUUUAACACUGUCCUACUUUGCAUCCAAUUUACAAUCCCAAUUGGAAACCUAAUCCUGCUGAUGUGGAAACAUCUGAAAUUUGAAAGCAAAUCAUUAAUUAUUGAAUAUUUUGCAGAAAAGAAUGAGAACGUUACAUUUCAGCAGAUCAGCUAAAUGCUUAUGGUGCAGAAGACAGCAAGGUCCAGAUUUUCAACAUACCUGACUAAAAGUAAAUUUGUGACAUCUGUCACACACAAGCACUCUAAAUGUUCUUCAUUAUGUCUUUUUAACAACAUUUUGACCAUCGCCCUGGCAUACAUACAAAAAUACAUCAAUGCCAUUGUCCUUCAAUUGCAAACCUCUAUAGGCAACAUCCAUUGGACAAAGACGAAUAACAACCACCAGAAGGCUGCUUCGGAAAUGCAUCUCACGACUCUUGCAAUAUUCUGAAUUCCUAAUGUAUUUGAUACUACAUUUUAAAACAGGAUAAAGUAAUAGGAAUUGGUUUCAGAAAAGCAGUAAAUGACAGUGAAAAUGGCCUUUGCCAGUAACACAAAAUGGUAAUUUUACAAGCGCCAAAGAUUUUGUACAUCUAAAAUUUGCAAGUAUGAAUUAUUUAAUUUAUAAUGACUCAGGUAGAAGAGACAUUUGGGAAAUUUAAGAAUAAUGAACACAAACCACACCUGUAGUGUGGAGCUCAGAAUCCCAGACAUCAAGCUCGGGGUUUCCUGAGGGCCAUCUAAUUUAGGCACAAAGCAGCUACAACAUAAUUGAUUUGUGUCCUACAAUAAAUACUCUAAAUAUCAAGUUAUUGCUCUGUGUAAUAAAUAUUAUUUCAUAUUAACGUGGGACAGAAUCAUUGCAACAAUGUCAAUGUUUUAAGUUCCUUGGAAGACUUCUAUCCGUGUGUUGAUAGUUUACAUUUAAUUUACUCAAGAAUAUAUUCAUGAUCGCUGUACAAAAAUAAAAACAAUGUCUUACUUUGUUUCAACACAGAUGGAGUGUUACCAAGCUCUUAUGAAUUGCGUGUAAUACUAAGAAUUUCCUUUGGUAGCUAGUAAAAUGAUUUUUGAUAUUGAAAUGAAUUACUUUUUCUUUAUAUAAAAUGCAAAUUGUAAAAUAUGAUUAUAAAUAAGGAUACUAUUUAGCUGUAAAAUAAAAACACUAUGUGAGGUUAAUGGAGAAGAG